AUGAGACCGGGCCAACCUCAGCAGGGUUUCCCACCUGGCGCACGCCCACCUUUCCCCGGACAAGGAGCUCCUCAAGGCCUGACGCCGGGUCAGAGCAUGGCUCCAGGUGUGCUGCCGAUGAUGCCGCCACAGCGUAAUGGGGCCUCACCAGCUCCAGGCGCCGGCAGCAUUCGACCAGGCAUGCCACCCAUGCAGCAGCAGCAGCAGCAGCAGCAGUUUCAGCCUCGUCCAGGUAUGCCACCCCAACAGCAGCCGAAUCCUCAGCAGCAGCCGGGCUUGGCGUCUCAGAUGGCGUCUAUGAACAUUGGUCCCCAGCAGCAGCCGGGCGCCUCGCCUUCGCCGGGCGUUGCAGACCUACCCGGUCCAGCCAGGACGAAGCGUAGCGCUCGCGCUUACCACCAAGAUGCGCCCAUAGAUCCUACUGCUGGAACAGACGCCGGCUGGAAUGACGCACCUCCCAAUCCCGUACAACAGAUGGCUUGGCAGAAGGCUGCUGCCGACCGCCUUGCCCAGUAUGGUGACCAGCCACACGACUUUGAGGGCGAUGUAAAUGAUGCGCUGGAUCAGAUUCCCGGGCAGAGGAACGUAUUGCAUCCUCACCACGCUGCUGCCAACCAACAACGCAUGGGUCAAACAAAUCCACAGCAGCGCCAGGCCAAUGUACCUAUCACGCCCGGUGCACCUGGCCCCCACACGCCAGCGGCUGUGGCUGCUGGGUCGCAAUUCUUUGGCUCUCAGAGUCAAGGCCCCGGUGGCAUAUCUCAGCCGCCCCACCAAGCUGGUCAGAAGAUGAGAGGCCCAAAAGCCAACAUUGAUCCAGAUCAGGUUCCGGCUCCCAUUGAACCACAAGAGGCCGAUCAAGCGUUCUUCGAUAAGGAGUGGUUCACCACCUGUGGCAGGGGAGGGCUACCGUUGAGUACAACUGAUUACGCAGCUGCUGAUCAAGGAAACUGCAAUCCCAAGCACAUGCGUUUGACCACAUACAGCAUACCCUUCUCUGAUGAACUGGCUGCCACUGCUCAAUUACCUCUAGCCGUUAACAUCCAACCCUUUGCUCAGCUUCGGCCAGAUGAGCAACCAGUCCCAACCAUCGACUGUGGCCCAUCCGGACCUCCACGUUGCAAGCGCUGCCGAGCGUACGUCAAUCCGUGGGCCAUCUUCGUGGAAGGCGGUCAGAAGUGGAUUUGCAAUCUGUGUGGCACAGCGACAGAGGUGGCAGCUGACUACUUCUGCAACUUGGACAUGAGCGGCCGCAGAGCAGACUUUGACCAGAGACUGGAGCUGCAAAGAGGAUCUGUGGAUUUCACGGUUCCGAGAGAGUACUGGGCAAUUCAGUCCAGACCGCCCUCCAGCGUUCUGCUGCCUGUCGCUCCUGCCCUAACGCACACGGAGACGGCCAAAAUUUCGCCAUUGCCAGACACAGGCUCCGACAUGGACGGCUUCGCCGGAUCGACGAUGGGACUUUCUGGCCAAUCGGGAGCUGCUGCGAAAGCCGCCACAAAGGCGGCUAGCAAAGCAGCUACUGAUGCACUCAACAAUCUCAGCUCAGGACCAGGCAAAACCACUAUCCGAGCUCCCAGGCCAUUGACCUACUUCUUCGCCAUUGACGUCAGCUACUCUGCCAUCCGAUGCGGCAGUCUCAAGGCUGCAACCGAGAGCAUUCGUGAAGCGCUCUAUGGUCCCAGGGAGGCACCCAAGGAUGGAGAGACCAGUGACGGCGCUCAGGCAGAAGGACCCGGCUUUGGGCUGCCGCACGGUAGUCGCGUCGCGAUCUUGACCUUUGACCGUGUGCUGCACUUCUACAACCUUAGCUCAGAGCUAGAUUCUGCCCAGAUGCUAGUAGUGGGAGACAUCGAUGAGCCUUUCGUACCGAUUAGCGAUGGACUUCUCGCCGAUCCGUGGGAAUCCAAGCAUGUGGUUGAAGGCCUGCUGGACAAUCUAGGUAACAUCUUUGCUGACAACAUGACGUCGGAAGCAGCUCUAGGAGCUGCUGUGCGAGGUGCCCAGGCCUGCUUGAGCACCAUCGGUGGUCAAGUCAACCUGUUCCUGAGCACCAUUCCUACCAUUGGCCCUGGACACCUCAAGCACCGCGAGGACACCAAGCUGUAUGGCACCGACAAGGAGAAGCAGCUCUUUGCCCCAGCCGAUGCUUUCUACCGCGGAGUGGCAGAAGAGUGCAUCGACGCCGGUAUCGGAGUCAACGUAUUCUUCUUCCCCAGUCAGUACAUUGACGUAGCCACGAUCAGCACUCUUGCAGGAACGACGGGAGGUGAAGUCUUCUUCCACCCUCGCUUCGACCCUGUGCGUGAUACAGUCAAGCUGCAGGCUCAAGUGCAGCGGACUGUUCUGCGAGAGGUGGGAUACAAUGCGACCAUGCGACUCCGAUGCUCCAACGGCCUACGGACAACUCAGCAUCUGGGUAACUUCUUCCAGCGUAACGCUACCGACCUUGAAUUCGCCAACAUCGAUGCUGACAGCUGUGUCUCUGUGUUGGUCAAGCACGAGGGCAGCCUGAACGAGAAGCAAGAGGCUCACUUCCAGUGUGCUCUGCUGUACACAACGGCGUAUGGAGAGAGGAGGGUCAGGGUCCACAAUGUGGCAGUGCCCGUGACAAACAUUCUCGGCAACGUCUUCAGGUAUGCAGAUCUGGAUUCGACGAUCACGUACUACAACAAGGAGGUCUGCACACUUGUGCAAAGCAAGAGUCUUCAGGACGUGCGUCACUAUCUGACUGACCGCUGCGUCAAGAUCCUGCUUGCCUACAGGAAGAAUUGCGCUGCAUCCUCGACUCCUGGUCAGCUGAUACUGCCCGAGUCCUUCAAGCUCUUGCCGCUCUACACUCUUGCCGUUAACAAGACGAAGGCAGUGAAGGGUGGCAACGUCACCUCUGACGUACGUGCGUACUACAUGAGAAUGUUCCGCUCGCUAGGCGUUGGAGCAACCAUGUCAAUGCUGUACCCACGCAUGAUCGCUCUGCAUAAGAUGUCGCCAGAGGACGGCUCACCGAUCAAGAUUAAGCAGGACGACGGCACAGAAAUCACUGGUGUACGCAUCAGGUGUCCACCUCUGAUUCGACCCAGCUUCCACCGUAUGGAGCCCCACGGAGCCUAUCUGAUUGAAAAUGGCGACAACUGCUUACUGUGGAUUGGCGCGGAAGUCAACCCACGAUUCCUUGAUGACCUGUACGGGGUUAAUUCCCUCGACGAGCUGGACCCGCGCAUGACCAAGCUGCCCAAGUUGCCAACGAAAUUGUCCAGCCAAGUCCGAGCCCUCGUGGCCUCCUUCGCCAGCCAGCGUAACAAGCCCGCUCUGCCUGUGCUGAUUGCCCGACAGAAUCGCGAUGCCAGCGAGGUAGAAGCGGCGAACAUGCUCGUUGAAGACGAGAACAAUGGUGCGAUGAGCAUGGUAGAUUACCUCUGCCAUGUCCACAGGAUCAUUAGCUCGACAAUGGCAGGCCAGCAAGGGGGAGCGGGCGCAAAUGAUAAUGGAGCCGCGCAGAGUGAAGCACAUUCUCUGUGGAGGGGAUGGUGA